CGCGAGAAGGAGAUGAUCCGGAAGCGGCAGUACCACCGACGGCUCAAGAGCGAGCGCGAUACUCUACGCAGGAUGGUGGAUGAGUUAUCUCGACAGCUACAGGAGCUGCAGCACGUCAGUGGCGGUGCUACUGAAACCUUCGCCAACUCAACGUGGAGAAACAUUGCAAUGCUCCAGCGUGACCAGCGAGUGCAAUCCGAGACCGAACAGAUGAGGCUCUUCACCGCAGCCAAGAUGCAAGCCCUGUACAUCAAGAAACUGUGCGAACAACUUCCCAAUACGUUGCCCCAAAGCAACGCCUGGAGUGUUUCUCCACGCCCAACCGGUGCUCCCUUCGACGAGAGCGUGUACCAUACUCUGCUGAACAAGGUGAACGCGUGCUACACCCAGAUUGACGACGUUCUCGGUGAAUUCGACCGUGACGGGGUAACCACAUCAGUCCAUCGGAGCCAAUUCAAUGGAGAAGUUCAGUACUUCCAGCAUCUGAACCAGUUCACGGAGCCUUACGGCUACGAGCACACGCACCGAACGAUGUGGAAUCUGGCCAAAUUGUUCCACAGACAACAAGAUCGACGAGAUUUUUACGGCGUUGGAGACCCGAAUGACACGGUGGUCGUCAGGUUUCGUUUGCUCCGUACUUUGGCUAAUGGGGCGACAGUUUCUGUGCUGCAGCGGUACGUUCAUCGUCGCUUCCAGGGGAAUAAACGCACAAUUCUCGUGUGGAAGACGCUGUCCGAGGGUGAAGGCGUGUUCCGAGGGAUACAGUCGGAAGAGACUGGGUGGGUUUGUCUGCAGCCGGCUACGGAGGAAGACUCGACUCUGGUGAGAGUUUGUGUGCGUCAGGCCCCAAUGAGAUUCCAGGCUCCGGAUCGCUGUGAUUCUGCUACUGGGGAGUUCCAUCAGGUGCUGCAAAACUCCGUUAGCGAAGAUAUGCAAGAGAUUUCUGCUGCCUUGGACAAGAUGCUGCUGGAUGACACGCUG